AUGGCAUUCGACUUGAGAAAAAUCGCAAGGUUCUUGGGACCAUUUAUCAUUACGAUUCAGUUGAUCGUAGCAGUUAUUCUUUUUAACCGUGUACGUCCAUUUCCGCCACCACCUAAACAAGAGCUCUCAGGCCUCACAAAUUUACCAAUAUGGGAAGCCAGUCCCGAUGACUCUAUAACUAAAACUGCAGCUGCAAAUUUGGCAGAAAUAAUUGCAGCUAUCAUUGGAGGAAUCGCAACUCUGGCAUGCAUAUUUAUCAAACUCUCAAACGGAACGUUCAAUCCCAACCCACCAACCGAUGAUAACAUCUGGACGAAGUACCUGUUCAACACUCUCAUUUCUGUUUAUGUUUCUGUCACAUUUCUAGCUGUUAUUGCUGGGGCAAUCAUUAGUGUUGGAAAAUUAUGGUCUAUCAUUGGAAUCUUUCAUAAUAUCAUGGAAGUUUGCAUUGUGGCAAACUUACUACACAAAUCAAAUUUCAGUUACGUUUCUGGCCUCAUCACCAUAGUAAUAUAUUCAGCGACUGCUUCUGCUAUUACUAGUCAAUUAGACUGGUAUUGGGAUGAUAUGUUCUUUAAGUUCCAAGGAAAGUUCAUAUAUGUCUUGUGCUCAAAACAUAAACCCACGCAAGCUGAAAUUGGUGAAAGUGCUCCACUCCUAGGAGGCUCCUCUGGUGAUAAUCCAUAUAAAGGAUCAUUACUAAUUCUUGCCUCCACAGUACAUCUCAUCGGAAACAUAUCUAACGUGGUUGGGAAUAAUUCGAACGUGUCGUCAAUCAUAUUCUUUGGUUCAUACUUUUUCGCAUUUCCGUUAUACGCAUUUUACGUUCAUAAGGCACAGAAAAACCAUAAUUUCGGAACUGUCCUGAUUGGAAUAUCGGAAAUGAAAAAAUAA